GCAGGAGGCAGUUCUGCUAAAUCUUUUUCCUGCAGCAGCCAACCUGGGAUGCAGGCAUGGAGCCCGCUGGUGGGUGAGGGCAGCUAGGUGAGAAGGCAUGUUUGCAGGCCUUGGUCCUGGGGGCCUGGGAGCCCAGGGAAUGGCAGGGCCCCUGCGGGGCCGGGUGGAGGAGCUGAAGCGGCCGUGGUGGCGGGAGAGUUCACCACUGGUGCUGCAGCACAGCGAGGCGGCUAGACUGGCAGCCGAUGCACUCCUGGAGCGGGGUGAGGCUGCUUACCUGCGGGUCAUCUCUGAGGAGCGGGAGCUGCCCUUCCUGAGUGCCUUGGACAUGGACUAUAUGACCAGCCAUGUACGUGGAGGCCCUGAGUUGGGUGAGGGCCAGGGGCCAGAAACUUCAGGACCAGAUCAUCUCAGCCUGCUCUCUGAAGUCACCUCAGGGACUUACUUCCCCAUGGCCUCGGACGUGGACCCCCCGGACCUGGACUUGGGCUGGCCGGAGGUUCCCCAGGCCACAGGCUUCAGCCCCACCCAGGCUGUGGUCCACUUUCAGCGGGACAAAGCCAAGAACAUCAAAGACCUUCUGCGUUUCCUCUUCAGCCAGGCACGCACGGUGGUGGCUGUGGUGAUGGAUGUGUUCACUGACAUGGAUCUUCUGUGUGACCUCAUGGAGGCUUCGAGCCGGCGUGGUGUCCCCGUCUACGUGCUCCUGGCCCAGGAGAGCCUGAGGCACUUCCUUGAGAUGUGCUACAAGAUGGACCUCAAUGGGGGACACUUGCCGAACAUGCGAGUGCGGAGUACGUGUGGGGACACGUACUGUAGCAAGGCAGGCCGCCGCUUCACAGGGCAGGCCCUGGAGAAGUUCGUCAUCAUCGACUGUGAGCAGGUGGUGGCGGGAAGCUACAGCUUCACCUGGCUUUGUAGCCAGGCCCACACUAGCAUGGUGCUGCAGCUGAGGGGCCGCAUCGUGGAAGACUUUGACCGGGAGUUCCGCUGUCUCUAUGCUGAGUCACGGCCUGUGGAGGGCUUCUGUGGCGGUGAAGACUCCCUGUCUCCCCGGGCACCAUGCCCUCCCCCAGUGGCCUUAGCCUUUGGGCCCAGAAUCCCAAGCCCCACAUCCUCAUCGCCCUCCAGCACCAGCCUCAGCAGCAUCAAGUGCUCACCUCUCACUGGCCGUUCCUCCUACCUCGCUCUGCCAGGAGGCGGUGGCUGUAGUGACACGGGUAUAGGGUCCUCAUCCCAGGGGCCUGUCCGCCGUGAAGCCAAUGGCCAGCCUUCUCUGCAACGCCAGCUGUCAGACCCUAACCAUGGCUCUCCAGCAGGGCCCUAUAGGGCCAACCUGGGCAAGCUGGGGGCAUCCCCAUGGUCCCAGUCCUCCCCUGCCCUCAACCAGAAUAAUGCCAGCCCCUUGACCCUGGCAGUGGGGUCACCUCUGUUCUCUCGUUCUCGUCCCCUUCUCCCCUUCCCCCGGGGUGUCCCAGCCUUGUCCCGGCUUCCAGAGAAUGGGCUCUCGGGAAGCCAGGAGCCUAGCCCCUCACGAGGCCGCUGGAUACCUGGCACAGCCCUGGAGAUGGUGGAGGAGAAGAAAGUGUCUCUGAGUCAGAGCCAUGGCCAGCUGGAUCUCCUCGUCCCCUUUCCCAGAGCCCGGGAAACAGGAGGCCCUGGUUCUGGAGUUAACCUCAACUUGGGCUCCCUUCGGCCUGGCGAGCAGGCCCUAGAGGACAGGAGGUUGUCCCCAAGUCAGAGAUACAGCCAGCUGGAUCUCCUGCCCCAGGCCCAGAAUACCGGGGAUGUCCCUGAGUCUGGUUCCUCCAGACCUGGUGAUCAGACUCCAGAGGACAAAAGGCUGUCCCCAAACCACAGCCAUGGCCAAUUGGACCUCCUGGUACAGUACCCCAAGGCUGGGGGCUCCAGAGUGUCCCCCGAAGCCAACUCGUCAGCCAGACCUGGCAAGCAGGGCUCAGAUGAGCGACGACAAACCCUGGGCCACAGCCAGCUGGACCUCAUCACAAAGUUUGGCCCAUUCCGUGGUGAGGGGCCAGGGCCCAAUGGUUUCCCCAGACUAAGCCCUGCUCAAAAGGCUACAGUGAGCUCUGGGGAUGAGAAGUGGCUGACCCUGGGCCACAGCAAGCUGGACCUCAUCACCAAAUAUCAUCAGUUGCAGGGCACCAGGCAGGGAUCUGAGCCUGGGCUCCCUACAGGGCCCACAGGCAGCCAUCGCAAUGGCAGUAGCAAUGGCCUGCUUGGAGAUGAGAAACGGCUGACCCUGGGCCACAGCAAACUGGACCUCAUCACUAAGUACAACAAGUCGAAGUUCAAGCUACUCCGAAGCCGCUUUGAGUCCUAGUCCUGUUCUCACAGGGAUAAGUUCCUCCUGCAUCCAGAGACUCUAGACUUGCUCAGGUCCUAGACUGUGGGGGUGGAAGCUCUGGCAGAGGGCUACAUAAGAAUGAGAGAGUGUUUAGAAGCCAGAUAAGACACUCCUAGGCUCAGGAUUCUUGUUCAUACCCACACACAUGCACACACAUACAUGCACGCAUACCCACACAGGGAAAUGAAACCCAUAGUUACUGGGCACUUGCCAUUUGGCACUCUGCUGGGGACUUCACACUGGCUACUUCUCAUCUCUCAGCCUCACAGCAUCCUACAGGAAAGACCUCAGUGAGUAUAUCCUAGGUAUUAUCUUCCCUCUCCUAUAGAUGUGGAAGUUAAGUGAGUGGUCAAGCACAUGUAAGAGUUUGGAGGACUUGCUUGGAAUCAGAUCCAAAUAAAUGGCAGAGUAGAGGCUCAAACCUAUAUCUCUCUGACUCUUAAGACUGUAUUUUUGCAGAUAUAACACACACUAUCCAGCCAGAAUCUAUGUGUCUCCAAGUGCACAAAAUACACACGGCACAGAGAUGCCCCAAAUGCCUGAACAUAUGUAUCCACAACACACAGGAUUCACACCUGCCAACUGCACACCCAUACACACACACCAUGGGUACACAUAGGUCCAUGUGAUAAACCAAAACACUUGAUUCUAAUUAUAGGUACUCAGUAAAUGUCAUUUGAAAAAUGAACGGCUACAUAAGAUCUGUGCAUUCAGUGUACACUGCAGACCCCGCAGGAUCCAGACCAUGAGUAGGCACACAACCACAUACACACAGGCACAGACACGCCAACCAGUAUCUUGAACCUAUGAUGUGAACCCAGCCUGGUGCUGGGCAUGCUAAAGGGCUGAGUAAUGACUCAUAUUCAGUGCCAGGGAGACAAAGAUUCAAUGCAUAAACCACUGGGGAGCAGGAUAGAGCUGUGUCUGAUAAAGGGUAACCAGGGAUGGAGGGUGGUAAGAGAACAAAGGCAGGGAGUCUUGGGGCAGUGGGGUGGUGAGGAAAGUUUCUUAGAGGAGGCAGCAUUUGAGUCAGAUCUUGAAGGAUGGGAAGGAUUUGGACAGAUGGAGGAGUUAGAGGAAUUCCUGGUAGAAGGAACCAGGGAAAGUCUGAGGGAGGAUACCUGGUCCAGAGGGUGUGGAUAGCCAGGAGCGUGAAAACACACACACACACACACACA